AGUGGCAGGUUUUUCAGCCUCUCAGAGAGGAUAAUUAAUAAUUAUCUUUCUAUAUGGGUGGGUUUACAUGUCCUUUAACACCUUAUGUGCCCACUACGAUGUGGAAGGUACCGGAAAAAGGUAGAGCGGAGCAGUAAGAAGAGGACGGGCACUUUACAAUGCAGUCGCAAUAGGGGAGGUGUGAAGCAGGACACAGGAGGAGGCAAGGAGGUGGGCUGACAUCUGACUAAGGGAGGAGGGAUGGAGGACUGAGGUAGCGGAUGGCAGAGGGAGGAUACAUGUAGAGAUAUAGGAGUUCUAACAGCAGGGUAGGUGCAUGCUGCCUCCUGAUUUAGGGUCAGGAUUUCUUAUGGCAUGAGACUAGUAAAUACAUUCUGAUUUCAGAAGGCUUCAUUUGCAUGUAAUUGUUUGUGAAGGGCUUUUUGGCUCCUUUUAGCCCAUCACACCCUAAACAGGUUCGGUUUUCUAUUUUAUUAAAAUGGCCACAGUAACCAUUAUGAGUGCAGCACAGGGCUAGAAAAGCUGCUGCCAUGGCAAGGAAUAAUGCAACAAACUGCUCCUCUCCACAACACUGCCAGUGUCCUGAGCCUCUGCUUAUUCCCACACCCCUCCCUUCCAGCCUUUGUCACUAAUAGGACUGAAGGAAGCUACUACAUCUCAGCCCUGGAUUUAGAAAAAACACCUCAGACACAGUAUUAAAAUGUACUAUGAACUACACUAAGCUAUUUUGUCUACCAGUGCACAUGCAUUUCCCGUUACUAAUACAAUAAUGAGACUGCAAGGUGUGCAAAUUGCCUUUAGCAACAUGAGCUAGAGGGAGGAGCUGUCUCUUCCCAGCCACACACACACAAGCGCAGACUAGUAGGAGAGUGUUGUACUGACAGCAGGCGGGGCUCCUUUCUGUGUGCACUGACAGCAGCUCGGCAGGGACUAACAAGACUCCACUGCCAAGGUGCCUCUUUCCCAGCACCUUAUGAAUCCGCUUACCUUUCCUGGUGCUUUCGCCUGAAGUGCAGAACAAAGGGCAGUGGUGCGGACAACAUCCUUCUCUCUUUUCACAUGCACCCCUGUAACCUGAUCAGAUGACAUUGCUGCAACCUGUUUACUACCAGACAAGGAGGGAUUAUUUCCAUUGAGGAUUAUAAAGAAGCUGAGAGAAAUGAGGUUCUGGGUUUUUUUCCAAGGAAACAGAUGUGUUUGCCUAUAGGAGAUACUAAAAAAUUUCAAAACCAAACCAAACAUUUUUUUUCCAGAGACAUUGGUACAAGAAGGGUGGAGCCCUGGCAUUUUUGUGGAUACAUAGCAGUGAGAACCUUAACUUUAUAUAUUAUUGUCAACCUUUGUAUUAAAAACAGAACACAAUACUAGUUUUGCAGUUGAGUUCUGUUCUAUUCCCUUACUGCCAAUGUAAUUCACUAACCCCGAGCAUUGUUUCACAUGCAUCAGUGAUCCUACCUGCCUGGUGUACUGCUGUCAGAUGAAAUAUGUAGAACUACCCCAUAGAUUCAUUAGUUGGUGACUGAAGCUCAAUUUCAAUCAUGCAAUAUCCUUUCUUCACCUCAUUUUCCUUGUUUCCAGUCUGGAUUUUAAUUGUGAGUGCUGUCAAGCUGCAAGAUGGUUUGAUGAGCCCAGAGCAUGGUAAAAUUAUGGGCACAAGCUGGUGUCAUGGUAGUCAUUCAGCCGCUGGCAAUGUUUACACAAAUAAGAAACCCAACUAUAGGAACUUUUCAAAUGAAAUGACCUUAAGAAAACUUCUCUGCCAUUUAAGGCUCCCUGAAAAUGAAAAUAAUCCCACAGGACCUAUGGACUUGGUGUGGAAUUCAUCUCUAUUAAAUGGAGUAAGAAAACGAGACUCAUUAACUACACUGAAUAUGCAAUAUAAACCCAUUCUGGAGGAACAUGGAAAGGUGAGAAACUUGGCUGCGGAAACCAGAUCUGAUAGGCAGAAGGUUUCACCGGAAAAUGAAAACAAUAUUACAGCAAAGAUUCAUAUUCACAGAAAGAGAAGGGGAGCGAUUGAACUUCAGUUGGGAGAAAAAAACCAGAGCACAGACAUAACCUCAAAUAUAAACAAUUUCUCAACCAAUUUCAAUGAAACUCGGCUAAGCCAGAAAACUACAUUUGGGACUGACCCACAAGCAUUGCCUUUAAAUGUCUCUGUCCCUUUUCUAACCAAUGAUCUUAAAGUAUUUUCAGAUAACAUGGACAUUAAUCAAGCCUUGGUACCAAAAAAUGCUUCAAGUAAAAAACUACAUAUAAAGAAUCCCUUUUACCCACUAACAGAAGAUUCAUAUGGUGCCUAUGCUGUCAUGUGUUUGUCUGUCAUUAUCUUUAUCAUAGGUAUUAUGGGCAACAUGGCUGUUAUGUGUAUAGUUUGUCACAACUACUAUAUGAGAAGUAUAUCAAACUCGCUUUUGGCAAACUUAGCAUUUUGGGAUUUUUUGAUCAUUUUCUUUUGCCUACCACUGGUAAUAUUUCAUGAACUUACCAAGAAGUGGCUCCUGGAGGACUUUUCUUGCAAAAUCAUACCAUACAUUGAGAUAGCUUCCCUUGGAGUAACCACCUUUACAUUGUGUGCCCUGUGCAUUGACCGAUUCCGUGCUGCCACUAAUGUACAGAUGUAUUACGAGAUGAUUGAAAACUGCACUUCAACAACUGCCAAGCUGGCUGUGAUAUGGGUGGGAGCACUAGUCCUGGCACUGCCUGAAGUUGUCCUUCGACAGUUAUCCAUAGAGGACACAGGCAUGAAUGGCCCGUUUCUUCGUGAGCGAUGUGUUGUGAAAAUAUCCACUGAACUUCCUGAUACAAUUUAUGUGUUGGCUCUUACAUAUGAUGGUGCAAGACUCUGGUGGUAUUUUGGUUGCUAUUUUUGUUUGCCUACUCUUUUUACAAUAACCUGCUCAUUGGUCACAGCAAGAAAAAUAAAACAAGCCGAGAAAGCUUGCACAAGAGGGAAUAAACGUCAGAUUCAACUUGAAAGUCAAAUGAAUUGUACUGUUGUAGCCCUAACAAUUUUGUAUGGAUUUUGUGUAAUCCCUGAAAAUAUUUGCAAUAUCGUAGCAGCUUAUAUGUCCAAUGGAGUGUCAAGGCAAACCUUGGAUCUUCUUCACCUCAUUAGCCAAUUUCUUUUGUUCUUUAAAUCAUGUGUUACCCCUGUCCUCCUUUUCUGCUUCUGCAAGCCUUUCAGUCGAGCAUUCAUGGAGUGCUGCUGUUGCUGCUGUGAUGAAUGCAUUCAAAAGUCCUCAACUGCAACCAGUGACGAUAAUGAUAACGAAUACACAACAGAACUGGAACUUUCCCCAUUUAGUACAAUACGCCGUGAAAUUUCCACAUUUGCAUCAGUAGGAACCCAUUGUUGAAAGUAUCCGUUCUCAAUGUACUUGUACAAAAGUCUGUGAUUCACAUUUGAAAUGUUUUUAGUGUUAACUUUUUUAAUGAAACACUGUACAAUGAACGUUUUAGACAUUUUUUUAAAUCACACAAGGUUUUAGUACUCCUGACAGGGUAUGCUUAGAAAAAAAAGAAAGAAAAACAGCUAACUUUUUUUUUUGCACCUUAAUUGGCUUGUUGCUAGCUAUUUGAUAAUCACGAAUAUUAACUUUUGGAGAGAUUAUAUUAAAAAAUAGGUAAAAUUAUAUACAAAGUUAGUUUGCACUGAAUUUUGAUAUUGGUUUAAACAUUCCAAAUUAGCAUUUGGUUUCUAUUUUUUUUUUUUUUUUUUAAAAACUGCCGUUCAAUAUUUUUGAAGGGAAUGUAAACUUUUUCUUUUAUGACCCCAAAUUAUGUUCCAGUGUUAUUUACGGAUUUGAUUAAUCAAAACUGAUUUUUUUUUGUUAAGCAAUAACUAAACAGUUAUGAAUAUAUAACUAAUCAGUGUACAAUUAGAAAGAGAAUAGUUGACCAUUCAUUUGUACAAUUAGAAAGAGAACAGUUGAACAUUGAGACCAUUUCAGCUGUAUUACAUUUUAUAUAUAAUGUGGUCAUUCUACAUUUCUUCUACAUUCUACAUACUUUCUGCACUUCAAUUCACUUUUAAUAAAACUUUUUAAAACUAGUAUAUCAUUAUUCAUUAAUGACAUGUUCCAUAAGCUUGCCAAGCAAGCUUGUUAAUGUGAAACCAAUCAAGGAUUUUGUCUUAACAUUGAGAUGAGAAUAGCUUUAUAUUAGGAUAAAGAAGUGUGCAAGUAAAUAUUUGUGUUACUUAAUUUUUUAGUGCAUUUAGCUUUAAAUAUCUGAAUGUUAAACUUGUAAAACUGGAGUAUCAAAAACAUGACUUGAAAUAUGGUUCUGUAAAUUUAAAUAUUGUUUUUUCACCAGGGCCACUGAGCAGUAUGCAGAGCGAGGGUGGAAGGAUUUAAGGCAAGAUUAUAUGAUCCUGGCAGCAGUCAACUGACAGUUUGGUUCAUUCAUUUUUUGGAAGCUAGAACUUGCAUGAAGCUUUUCUGGUAGGUGAGGAUUUCAAUCAAUAUUUGUUUUUAAUCAAGGACAAAUACAUAUUUUCAAGGUAUGCUCACAGCAAAGUAAUUGUAGGGUCCCCAAUAUAUGUAGAGGUUGUCUUGUUUUACCAAUAUAUGUUGAGAUUGCUCAUUAAUUAGGGCCUCAUGGGGCCCUGUAUACCUCCUGGGCCCCCCUGCUGCCGCAGGGUCUGCUUCCUCUGUAGUCAUGCCCCCUGGUAAAGGUUCUUAUGGGGGAAUGUGAAAAAUGUUGUACUUGCAAACACGUUGCCCCUAACAUGACAGUAGGACAGUGAUUGCGAAUUUUAUAGUUUGUACUAGUGUGCAGUGUAUGUAAUAAAACUUCUUAAUGAAAAAGUUGUUACGUUUGCUCCAAAGGUUUACUCCACCUUCAAGGAGGUGUUAAAGGCAAAUUUUUAUUCGUAAAUAUGUUCUCUUUGCAAAUUUUAUUACACUUCCCCCUAAAUCUCUUAAUCAGACUGAGAUUUUUAUCUUUAUAGUUAUCUAAAAAAUGAAAUGUAAUUUUAGUGCAUUCUAUUCCAGAUUUAGCAAGAUUAGGCUAAGAGAACAAUUAUAGUAGAUAUGAGGAUUCAUUUUGUAACUGAUUGUCCAUAAUGCCAAUAAAUGUCAUGCUAGACACAUGGAGAUUGUAAGACAGCUCAAGAGGAUGGAAUACAAUGUGACUCCCAUUCUGUGCACUAUGCCUAUCCCUUUUAAGAGGGAAGCAGUUUGGGAGUUGCACCCAAUAACAGUGAAAAAACAGUGUUAUUUCUUUCAUGCGCCAUCCCUUUAAUGCAUUAUAGAUCUCAUAAAAUGUUAUUUUAAAUGUAAAACAUUAGCAAAAUCUUAGUCCUUUGAAAUAUGAUUUUAUUUAAGGUCCCAGCUUCAUCUGUUUCUCCUCAUAUAACAACAAAUAAGUUGAUUUUAAUUUGCAUUCUUUGUAACUGUGAUGUAAUAUUCACAUAAACAUAAAAUUGAAUAUCAAAAACUGUGACUGCUGUACAGGACUGCAUACAUAUGUAGUGUAUAGAGAGAGAGAGAGAGAGAGAGAGAGAGAGAGAGAGAGAGAGAGAGAGAGAGAGAGAGAGAGAGAGAGAGAGAGAGAGAGAGAGAGAGAGAGAGAGAUUGUGUCUUGUUAGGCCAUGUUCCAGUCUGCCCAGUCCACUUUCUGGAUGU